AAAGUCGAACAACUGUCAUAUGUGAAAAAUGGUCGUCAUUAAUAAGUACUUGUGAAGUAAUUUUCAUAAUAAUAAUAAAAGUCAACAUUAUAUUAAAAUGAACGAUACUACGAAAUCAGCACCUAGUCAGGGUGAACCUGAAAUGAAAGGUUGGUUAUUUAAAUGGACAAAUUAUUUAAAAGGAUAUCAACGACGAUGGUUCGUACUCUCAAAUGGUUUAUUAUCAUAUUACAGAAAUCAAGCGGAAAUGGCACAUACUUGUCGUGGAACAAUUUCAUUACAUGGAGCCUUAAUUCAUACCGUUGAUUCUUGUACAUUUGUUAUUUCAAAUGGUGGAACACAAACAUUUCAUAUUAAGGCAGCGUCAGAAGUUGAACGACAGUCAUGGGUUACCGCUUUGGAAUUGGCGAAAGCACGAGCUAUCCGUGCAAUGGAAUCUGAAGAUGAUGAAGAGACAAAUGGUGGGGGUGAAAGUUCACGCGAAGAUAUUUCAACUGUACUAAGAGAAUUAAAUGCACGUUUAGAAGAAUUACAAACAUGUUCAGAUCUAUUGCAAAAGCAUGGCGCAGCGUUACAACGAUCACUGAAAGAAUUGGAAAAUUUAGACGAUGUACAAGGUAGAAGUAAAGAAAUUAAUGAACGAGCAACAUUAUUCCGAAUUGCUAGUAAUGCUAUGAUCAAUCGAUGUAGUGAAUAUUUAGAAGUAGCAAAAACUCAAGGAACAAAAUGGCAUAAAAUGUUGCAACAUGAACGUGAACAAAAGUUACGUUUAGAAGAAUUUGUUGAACAAUUAGCUCGACAACAUUCGCAUUUAGAAAAAGCUGCAACUCAACAUGCUCAACAACGACCCAAUAACGUUGGCAGUGAAGAAGAAGAGGAAGAUAAUGAAUUCUUUGAUUGUGUUACGGAUGCCAGUAAUAAUCCAUUAUCUGGAAUGGAACGUAAAGCCGGUUCUAAUCAUAGUCUAGUACAAAUGGGUAAUUCAACGUCCAAAAAAAAUGAAGAUGGUACUUUUAUUAUGAAAAUUCCAGUAUCUGGUAAUGUUGGUCAUGAAUCUGAAGAAUCAUCAUCUGAAACGGAGGAUAUUGAUCACAAAAAGGUCGUAUUAGUGAGUACAUCAUCGGCAAUGGUUACAAAACAAACUGAAGCAUCUGGCGGUGCAGAUAUGGAAAGUUUCACAACUCAUGGUGGAAAUGUUAAAAAACGUCGUACAAGAGUACCGGAAAAACCAAAUUAUCCACUUAGUUUAUGGUCUAUUAUGAAAAAUUGUAUUGGAAAAGAUUUAUCUAAAAUUCCAAUGCCGGUUAAUUUUAGUGAACCUUUGAGUAUGCUUCAACGACUUACUGAAGAUUUUGAAUAUUCAGAUGUAUUAGACAUAGCCGCUAAAUGUGAAGAUCCCUACGAGCAACUGGCCUAUGUAGCUGCAUUUACCGUGUCGGCGUACUCAACUACAAGUAAUCGAACUGGAAAACCAUUUAAUCCAUUAUUAGGUGAAACUUACGAAUUUGAUCGAACAUCAGAUUUAGGAUGGCGUAUAAUAAACGAACAAGUAUCACAUCAUCCCCCAAUGGUUGCACAAUAUUGCGAAGGUCGAGAAUGGAAGUGUUGGCAGGAAUUCACCAUGACAUCUAAAUUUCGUGGAAAAUAUAUACAAAUAGCACCAUUAGGAAAUGCAAAUGUAUUAUUUACGGCCACGAAUCGUCGAUAUACGUGGCAAAAAGUAACCACUACUGUACAUAAUAUAAUUGUGGGUAAAUUAUGGGUCGAUCAAUAUGGUGAUACGGAUAUUAUUGGAUAUGACGGAGCAGCAGGCAUUAAAUGUCAUUUAAAAUAUUUACCUUAUUCAUAUUUUACUAGAGACUCGCAACGAAGGGUAAAAGGAUGCGUUAUGGAUCCAGCAGGAGAAGUCAAAUAUGUAAUAAAUGGAACAUGGGAUAGUAAAAUCGAAAUUUCAAAAGUAACAGGUACCACAAAUACUGGAGCGAACAAACAAGAACCAAUAUAUCAAACAGGACAUACACAGACAGCAUGGAAACGGCGUCCAGUUGCUCCAGACAGUGAUAAAUAUUAUAACUUUACCUUGUUAGCAUGUCAAUUAAAUGAACCCGAAGAUGGUGUUGCGCCAACCGAUUCACGUCUACGACCUGAUCAACGUCUAAUGGAGAACGGCGAAUGGAAUAAAGCAAACGAUGAAAAAGUACGUUUAGAAGAGAAACAACGUGCAAAACGGCGGGAGCGUGAACAAAAAGCAGAAAUAGGUGUUACCCAAAAUGGUGCGGCAUACGAAUCUUACACUCCUCUAUGGUUUAAGAAAGAGGAAGACCCUGCAACCGGUAUGAUUGCACAUGUAUAUCAACAUGAAUAUUGGGAUUGCAAAGUAAGGCAAGACUGGUCCCGGUGUCCUGAUAUUUUCUGAGCGAAUUUAACGUAUUACAGGCAGCAUAUCGAGAUGUGUAUUACACAAGAUUUUAUUUAAAAAAUUCAAUUUAAAAUAUAUAUUUGAAAUAAUUAUCCAUUGUUAAAUAAUUAAUUGAGUGUAAUAUUUUCAUGUACUUUUUACAUAUUUGCUUUUUACCUAUGUUGAGAGAUUAUCGAGAGUGAGUGAGAUUUUCACUUAAAAAAUGGAAGGAAAUAUUUAAUUUAAUUAUUAUUUUUAUAAGAAAAAAUAUAUGUGCAAAACUUUUAAAAAAUAUUGUUACUAGGAUAUUUUGUGAGGAAGAAGAAAGCAAAUAGCCGCGAGCGCGUGUAUAGUGUGUUUUAUUGGAUGGAUUUUUUUUUAUUGUUGAAAGUUAUAGCAAAUUUUUUGCAUAUUGUUGUAUUUUUUUUCUUGUGUGAUAUUUUUAUUUCAACUGUUAUAUAAUCAAUUAUU